AUGCAGCUCGCACAUCAACUCAUAUUAAUGGACUCUACAAUUAACUUCCCAACUCCACAACGGUCUUACUUCACACAGUCCUUAAACACCUUCAACUUCUCGUCGGCCCCAAACCCUAUACCGUCACCUCUUAAGAACUUGAGUCCAACUCUAGACAUCAACACUAACUGUUUCUUAGUACAAACACCACAAAACACUGGAACUCCAAUGGAAGAAGAUGACAUUGAAAAUGAUCAAGUAUUCGAUUUGGACGAUGAAGAAGAACUCAGUGAUGAUAGUGAGAGUUGUGAAAAUACUGAAACAAAUUAUUUGGCACAACAAAUAGUCGACACUAUGAACAACAUUACACGGCAAUCAGAAGAAACAAACAAAAUGCUGAAAAACAUUGUCAGUCUCAAUUCACCAACACAGAUCUGA